UCCUCUCCCCAAUUUCCCUUCCUUGCUUUUCUCCUCUCCCUCCACUACCCCCUCCUCCUUCCGUUUUUCCUGCUUCUUCCUCCUCCCUCCCCUUUUCUCCUUCUCCACCUCGGGAUCCUUCUCCCUCCCCAGAGAAUAGAGUGGCCAGUUCCUUUAGAGAGCUACCCGCCUGCCUGCCUGCCUGCCUGCCUGCCUUCCCUCUGCCCACCUACUAUGAGAAGCGGCUCCUCCCACCUGCCCAUAAAAGCCAAGUGCUUGUUACCAGCAGCUGAUCAGAGAGCUUUUUCACAGUCCUCUUCUGUUGGGAGCCACUGUUCUUCUCUCCUUGGAUCUUAAAGAUUCCAGGUAAGACAAUACCUCUUCAGGCAUCUGACUCUCCAGGACACAGCAACCCCCAAGGAGGGCUGAUUUGAAACAAAACAAGAGAAGCUGUUCCUUCUGUUACCAGAUACCAAAACCAGACCUGCUAUAAGUCAAAAGCAACUUCACUGAGCUGUGAUUCUUCCAUCUCCCAGAGUCUAAAUGUGAUGGCUGUUCCCCUGACCCCUCUUCAGCUACUGGAAGUGGUGAUCCUCAUUUAUCUCAGUUUCAUCAGGUCCAUUCAUGGAGGUGCCUAUUAUGGGAUCAAACAGCUUCCACCUCAAAUCCCACCUCAGAUACCCCAAUACCAGGCCCUGGGACAACAAGUACCUCACAUGCCUUUGGGCAAAGAUGGCCUUCCCAUGGGUAAGGAGAUGCCCCACAUGCAGUAUGGCAAAGAAUACCCACACCUACCCCAGUAUAUGAAGGAAAUUCCACAGGUGCCCAGGAUGGGCAAGGAGGCAGCUCCCAAGAAAAGCAAAGAAAUCCCCUUAGCCAGCUUAAGAGGAGAGCAAGGUCCCCGUGGAGAACCUGGCCCAAGAGGACCCCCUGGACCCCCAGGUCUACCAGGCCAUGGGAUACCAGGAACCAAAGGAAAACCAGGCCCCCAAGGCUACCCUGGCAUUGGCAAACCAGGCAUGCCUGGAAUGCCUGGAAAGCCUGGAGGCAUGGGCAUGCCUGGAGCAAAAGGUGAAGCUGGACCCAAGGGGGAGAUUGGACCUAUGGGCCUGCCUGGGCCUCAGGGCCCCCCAGGGCCUCACGGACUCCCUGGCAUUGGAAAGCCGGGUGGCCCAGGGUUCCCAGGACAACAAGGACCCAAGGGCGAGCCGGGCCCCAAAGGACAGCCAGGGCCUCCAGGUCUCCAAGGGCCCAAAGGAGACAAGGGCUUUGGGAUGCCAGGUCUGCCAGGACUAAAGGGUCCUCCAGGAAUGCACGGACCUCCUGGGCCUGUGGGACUGCCAGGAGUAGGCAAACCAGGAGUGACAGGAUUUCCAGGGCCGCAGGGUCCUCUCGGUAAACCAGGCCUACAAGGUGAACCAGGCCCGCGGGGCCCCAUAGGCGUACCUGGGAUUCAAGGCCCACCUGGCGUGCCUGGAGUUGGAAAGCCAGGUCAGGAUGGCAUCCCUGGACGCCCUGGAUUUCCUGGUGGCAAAGGGGAACAAGGACUACCUGGGGUGCCAGGACCCCCUGGCCUUCCAGGGGUCGGGAAGCCAGGUUUCCCAGGGCCUAAGGGUGAUCGAGGUAUGGGGGGUCUUCCUGGAGCUCUUGGACCUCAAGGAGAGAAGGGCCCCAUAGGUGCACCCGGAAUGGGAGGGCCCCCAGGGGAACCAGGCCUGCCUGGAAUUCCAGGUCCCAUGGGACCUCCAGGUGCUAUUGGCUUUCCAGGGCCCAAAGGAGAAGGUGGAGCUGUGGGGCCACAAGGACCAUUGGGUCCCAAAGGUGAGCCAGGGUUACAGGGUUUCCCAGGGAAACCAGGUUUCCUUGGUGAAGUAGGACCCCCGGGCAUGAGAGGUUUGCCAGGUCCAAUUGGGCCCAAAGGGGAGGCUGGGCAUAAAGGUUUACCAGGUAUCCCCGGAGCCCCAGGGCUUAUUGGACCCAAAGGGGAACCAGGAAUUCCAGGUGAUCAGGGUUUACAAGGCCCAUCUGGAAUUCCAGGAAUUGGGGGGCCAAGUGGUCCAAUUGGCCCUCCUGGACUCCCAGGUCCUAAAGGAGAACCAGGUCUACCAGGUCCUCCUGGGUUCCCUGGGGUAGGAAAACCUGGAGUAGCAGGACUCCAUGGACCCCCAGGGAAACCUGGGGCUCUUGGUCCUCAAGGCCAGCCGGGCCUUCCAGGACCCCCAGGACCUCCAGGUCCCCCAGGUCCCCCAGCUGUGAUGCCUCCCACACCACCAGCCCAUGGAGAAUAUUUGCCAGAAAUGGGGCCAGGGAUUGAUGGAAUAAAAACUCCACAUGCUUAUGGAGGCAAAAAGGGCAAAAACGGAGGAGUAGCUUAUGAGAUGCCUGCCUUUACAGCCGAGUUGACCACGCCCUUCCCACCAGUGGGGGCCCCAGUAAAGUUUGACAAACUGCUCUACAACGGCAGACAGAACUACAACCCACAGACCGGCAUCUUCACCUGCGAAGUCCCUGGUGUCUACUACUUUGCAUACCAUGUCCACUGCAAAGGAGGAAAUGUAUGGGUGGCUUUGUUCAAAAACAAUGACCCUAUGAUGUACACAUAUGAUGAAUACAAAAAGGGCUUUUUGGAUCAGGCCUCAGGGAGUGCUGUGCUACAGCUUAGACCAGGAGACCGGGUUUUUCUCCAGAUGCCCUCAGAGCAAGCUGCAGGACUAUACGCCGGACAAUAUGUCCAUUCCUCUUUUUCAGGAUAUUUAUUAUAUCCCAUGUAAAUUUGUUUUUAAGUAAGAAAAAUGCAAGGAAACAAAAAGACAGCAAAAGAAAAAAAUGAAGUGACAGAAACAAACUAAACACAAAACAUCUAAUUGCUUCAAAGUGUUUAUACUGUUGAAAAGUUAUAUUUAAAUGGAAGUUUGGACCAUCAUAUAAAAAAAAAAGUCAAAAAACAAUAAAAAUGCAAGUUUAAUGUUCUGCAGAGCUUGUUAUUAAAAUGACAGGAAGAAUCUAUGUAUCACAUUUCUAACAGAUGUUCUGUACCCACUGAAUCAUAUUAGCAAAUAUACAUUAUACAUUUCCACAAUACCGUGCUUUCUAAAGUUGUCAAAAUAUUUCAUUAUGAAGGAUCAUAGCUAACGCAAGUCAUUCAUUCAUAUUGUUUACUUCAAAGUACACAAGAAUAACUCUUAAAGAAGCAUCAAUGACCAAAAAUAAUAAUAAUCACAUACCAUAUUUACUUGCAUCAUUUACCCCAUAUUUUCACAAUAAUUUUACUAGUGAAACACAGGAAGGGGGCAAUUAUGUAGUAAUACUACCUUUGCAAAAGUAAUCUGAGGUAAUGUACAGCAUCCAAAGGAUAGCUCCCUUCCGACCAGCUGCUGGGGUUUUGGCAUCAGGAUUCUUACUUGGCACAGGGUUGUCACUCAGUGGGAGCCACUGAAUCUACUAAUCAACAAGUAUUUAUUGAGUACCAGAAGAUAUUGAGAUGAUGUACCAAGAAGGGCCCUGGAGGACACAAAAGGAUAAGUUAUGAACUGUAUCUUCAAGAUGCUUACAAUCUUGCUGGGAAAUGAGAAUAGUGGUUAACCUGUUUAUUCCUGAAAUAUUUGUUUUCCCUAAAGCUUCUUUCAUAUGCUUUGGUUCUUAUUAUUUUUUACUAGUUCUAAUUAGACCAAAAAAAAAAAAUCUUGAAGUUAUUUGGGAAGAAAAGAGAUUGGAGUCAAUGAAAUAAGUGCUCCCCACCCUCAGUGGGGGAUUCAGAUUUUGUAUGAUAUUCAUUACUAAUAGCAGGCAUCAAUUGUAAAUUAAAUGUAUAUUUAUAAAAAAAAUAAUAUAGCCACUGUGAAGCCAUAGUCAGAGAGAAGACAAACUAUAAUUUCUCAAUCACUUUUCAAUGUCAAAGGGACUUUCUUGCCUAGCAAUAACUAUGAAAAAUUAAUUCAAACUAUUUUAAGGUUGCAAAGUAAUUUUUUUAAAAAAACAGGUUAAAACAAACCUUCAGAAUUCUAUGGGAAAAUAAACCUUUAUUUGAAAAUCAAUCUCUGGAAUUUGAAAGUAAGAUCACUUAUGGUUUUCUAAUGUAUAUGAUGAAAAAUGAUAUCAAGAACUGUUAAAGAAAUAAAUUGCUGAAGACACAAUUAUAAUUUCAGAGGACAGUAACAUCAUAUGAUUUUCAUGCUGCCCCAUAUAUUAAAAGAAAUGGCAUGAUAAAAGUUUACUACACACUGAAGAUAUGCAUUUUCAUCUCUAUAUUUAAUUGUGUGCUUGCAAGACAGUGUGACAAAGUAGACAGAUGUCCUAGAAUUUAGGAAGACGUGGAUUCAAGUUUUGUUUCACACACACACACACACACACACACAC